AUGUCCGGGCCUGAGUGGGAGUCGCUGGAACAGUGUUUGGAGAAGCACCUGCCGCCCGCAGACCUGCGGGAGGUGAAACGCGUCCUCUAUGGCAAGGAAACCAGGAGGCUGUGCCUGCCCACCGCAGCCCUGCAAGCGGCCUCUGCAGGGGACUUUGAACUGCAGGGCUACACCUUUGAGGCGGCCAGAGAACAGCUCAGACAGCCACGUACCGUGCGCGUGGGGCUGGUACAGAACAGGACGCCACUCCCUGCGGACGCCCCGGUGGCCAACCAGGUCUCUGCCCUCCACAGACGCAUCGAGACCAUCGCAGAGGUGGCUGCCAUGUGUGGGACCAACAUCAUCUGUUUCCAAGAAGCUUGGACUAUGCCCUUUGCUUUCUGCACGAGAGAGAAGCUGCCGUGGACAGAAUUUGCUGAGUCUGCAGAAGACGGACCCACCACCAGAUUCUGCCAGAAGCUGGCCAGGAAACACGACAUGGUGGUGGUGUCACCGAUGCUGGAGAGGGACGCCACGCACGGGGACGUCUUGUGGAACACAGCCGUGGUGAUCUCCAACUCAGGCACCGUCUUGGGGAAGACCAGGAAGAACCAUAUCCCCAGAGUGGGCGACUUCAACGAGUCCUCUUACUACAUGGAAGGCAACCUGGGCCACCCCGUGUUCCAGACCCGCUUUGGGAGGAUCGCCGUCAACAUCUGCUACGGACGGCACCACCCACUCAACUGGCUCAUGUACAGCAUCAACGGGGCCGAGAUCAUCUUCAACCCCUCAGCCACCAUCGGCGCACUCAGUGAGUCCCUGUGGCCCAUCGAGGCCCGAAAUGCCGCCAUCGCCAACCACUGCUUCACCUGUGCUAUCAACCGCGUCGGCCAGGAGCACUUCCCGAAUGAGUUCACCUCUGGAGACGGGAAGAAAGCACAUCAAGACUUUGGCUACUUCUAUGGGUCCAGCUACGUGGCCUCUCCGGAUGGCAGCCGGACCCCCGGGCUCUCCCGGAACCGGGACGGGCUGCUGGUUGUUGAGCUCGACCUCAACCUGUGCCGGCAGGUGAACGACAUCUGGAACUUCAAGAUGACCGGCAGAUACGAGAUGUACGCCCGGGAGCUCGCAGAGGCCGCCAAGCCCAACUACAGCCCCAACAUCAUCCAAGAGUUCUGA